AUGUCACAAGUCCCUCAGUCACCAACUACUACCACAAAGUCAAAACCAAGACCUCUGUCAUUUCAUUCCCAUAGAGUCGUUCAUAACUCCUCCAAACUCCCAAGAGUACAUGAUGCGCCCGAGAUAGUCACACACAUACCAACCGCAUCUAAAACCAAACCAUAUCACCACCGUUCAACAUUAUCACAACCCUCAGCAGACUCCAGUCUGGCGGCGGUUGGAAAUCCUUCGACUUCUGCUUCUACUUCUAUUUCUACUUUUGCUCCCAAUCCCAAUUCCAAUAUCAAUAUCAACUCCACUUCCACUUCCACUUCCACUUCCACCCCCAAUUCCAACAUGAAUCCCGCAGCUGGUGGUGCUGAGCAGCUAAGCAACAAAAACAGCAACAAUAAUAAUAGUCAUCUAAAUCUGAAACUUAAAUCUUCUAGUUUUGAUUUAAAAUUCACGGGAAACCAUUCGACUAUUGCGACCCCCUUUAGUCCAACAAAUCAGAAUAAUAAUAAGAAAGAACCAUUUCGUACCCGAAUAUUGAGUUCAUUCACUGGCAGUCCGGUUAGAGCAGCUUCACCUAAAUCAGCAUCAUCGCGUCGAACAUUAUCUUAUCCCACGCCAACGCCAAACAAACCUUCAGCCACGAUUAAUACUUCCACCAAACUUCAACACGAAAUCUCUUCAAGGAUUGGCACCUCUGAAAAAAAAGCAAGGAACCUGCUAACGCACGCCAAUGGGAAGAAUGGAAUAACGGCUGAAGUCGCAAAAGAAACUCCUCCGACCAUGUUAUCCCAAGGCGCAUCAUACAUCUCACAAACAACAAAUUGGAUUGCGGAUCAAUCUCAUUUGGAUCAAUCUCCCUCUCCUUCAACUUCCUAUGCACCUCAAUUAUCAUUGGAGAAUAAACCAUCACGUCCUGUAACCUUACCGCCAAGGGGUGUGACAAUCAAUAAAAGCAUGGAACCAGAUCUAGCUGAGAGGGAAUCCGCAUUGAGGAGUUUAGAGGGGCGGAAUCCUCGGAGAGAUUCACCAGAUGAACGAAACUCCGAUGAAGCGGAUUUAUUCUUACAGGUUGCGCAAGAGGAAGACGAUUUGAACCGCCAGAGGAACCUUCCAGCCUUGAGUAGAUUAGAUUCUAAAAAGUCUCGCAUCGGCAUGCGCCAAUCUCUCCCUGCUCCCAACUUUCGUGCUUCGUAUCUUCGUCGUGAACCUGAGCAAGAAACAAACCCUACAAUUCGUUACGCAGCGGAUGCAGAAAGUUUACUGCGAGAUUCAGGGGAUCAUUCAUUCGCAAGGAGAGGGCCUCCUUCAGCGAUCUCGACUUCGAACGAGCAAAAGAAGCGAUCAUUUGCAGCCACAUCGCUGUCGACCCCUACAACUCCACGAACGAAUAACCGAGAAGCCGAUUCCGAGCCACAGCCAUAUGCUGGACGACGACCAUCUAUACAGGACCGAACAAUCACUGCAUACCGACAAUCAAACUUGUCUAAUUCGUAUUCCGUUCCCCGAACCACUGCUUAUCAUUCUUCUCCACUUGUUGCGCAACCGAUGGAGAUCAGCGAUCAACAUGAAACACAGCGUGUAACAGAAGGCACUGCAUCGACCGUGUCCACCACUGCACCUUCAACCGUUUGGGACGAAUUGGAUGAUCUAAAAUCGCGCAUACAUAGAUUGGAACUGACGGGGAAAUUACCUACCACAUCUGGUGCAGCAGUCUCGCGAGCCACCCACGAGCGUCCGCCUACUGCGACCACAACAGAAACUACCAUGUCAACAUCACCUAAACGUGGACGAGGCAAUAGCAUAUCACCUACUGAAGCCCCUAAUGUUGAUAUGUCUAAAGCCGAAAACCAUCCUCUCCUACGGUCUGCAUUGAUGAAUUCCAAGCCGUUACUGGAUCCCGAAAUUUACAAGUCUUUGGAGGCUUCAGCAAAUGAUGCCUUGGCAAUAUCUGCCAUGAUGGGAACUUCUGGUCAACCUGGGCCUAUAUCGAGUUCCCAAUCAGUCAUUGGUGGAGCGCAACCUAACAUUUCUGAUCGACAAGUUCGUCGCAAAGCAGACAGUUUGUGUCGCAGCUUAACGGAGCUUUGUCUUUCAUUGUCGGAAAGAAGAUCAAACGAUCCCGAUACUACACUGACACAGAUCCGACAAAAUAGUCAUGGUCAAGAUACUGAAGUUCGACAGAGUAUCGAGCCGGUCAGUCCAAGGCUACCUCCUUCUGGUGACGUAGCAAGGUUAAAAGCAAGCCCACGAUCUUAUAGUCGUCUUGAAGCUCGACGAAGCAGCCUUCUCGCAACGACUGCCUUGCCAACCUUGAGAUAUCCACCACCUGAGAAUACAACACCACAAAGUUUAGCUGCAGGACGUCGCACAUCUUUAUUACUUCGUAAUCGACGCGCUGAAACCGAAGAUCCUCAGGAAACCGUCGAAGCCCGAUUUAGGGCACCUUCAAGGGCGAAGACAGAACUUGGACGCAGGGGGGAGAUUCCACGAGACGAACUAUCACGUCAUCCCCUACCCGACGACGAUCCUAGAUCUGGCGCAAUCUCGUCAUCAUUAGCACUCCGAAGAUCUCAUACUACAGCCCUCAGUCCUAACAGGGUGCCACAAUCUUCUUUACUCACCCAAUCGACCCCCAGCAGAAGAUAUUAUGAACGAACACCAGAAAGGGAAAUUAUUAUAAACUCAAGCACGGGUGGCAGUGGCCGAAGAUAUCUUGAGCGAACUCCAGAGAGAGAUACUACAAGCCUUUCAGGAAGAUUGGCAGAAGAACGUGGGCAGAGAAAGGUAUCUGCCCCUUUGACUUUCGCCGCUAGAAGCAGAGCUGGUAGCCUGAUGAGAAGUAGAGAACCAUUGGGCCCUUCGCAACAUGGUGCUUAUCAAUAA